UUUCGAUUCAAUCGAUCAUUUAUUUGUGGUAAGACAUUAAUAUUAUAAUUUUUUUUCUUACUACAAUAUUAAAUUAAUUAACGAUUCAAAGAAUGGAUAAAAAAAAUAUCGAAAGAGAUAUACUUAAAAAUAUAGAAUUCAUGAUCAAAUGUAACAAUGAUCGACUUCAAUGUAUUGAAAACAAACAAAGCAAUGAAUCAGCGGAAGAAAUGAAGUUAUUACAUACGAAUUUAAGCAUCUUGACACGUCUUAAGCAAAAUUUCCAUGCUCAAUCUAAUAGUUUGCAACAGUCAAAAUCAGAUCCGCAGCCAUCAACAUCUUCUUCAACAAAUAUGGUGGAUAAUCCGAUUAAAAGAGAACUAUCUUCUAAAUCGUCAAAUAAGGGUGCUAAAAAAUCACGUACUGAUUCGAUACCGGAAAGGGAUGCCGAUGGCUUCCCUAACUGUAAAUAUUGCUCAUAUAGGACGGCUAGUAUAAAGUAUUUUCGAUUUCAUCUACAAGGUCAUCGGGGAAAAAAAGUUUAUUCUUGCUCAAAAUGUUCAGCUAUUUUUAAAACUAAAAAUGGCCUAAAGAACCAUCUUAUUGGUAAUCACUUAAGAUUAUUAAAAAUGAAAUAA